UUUUUGUUUCGUGUCACCGGUUAACGACACCCCGACGAGGUGGUUCUGAUAUAAUUUCAGCCGAAGAUAUAGCUAAAAAAAAAAAUGCUGACCACGCGCAAAAACAGUUAGUCCAGUCCGGCCGUGCAAAUCUCCCCGACCCUCCCAUCGUAGACGGCCGUGGCGAAACCAGACGGAAAAUGUAAACGCGUCUGAAAAGAUGACUGCACGCUAGCUACAAGCCAACCACACGGGCCCCAGUUACGCCAGGCGGUCAGAGGUUAAGAUGUAGAUGUCAGUUAAUGGGUUCACUACUAGCUAGUGUUUGAAGCGCACGCCUAGGUUAGCACGCUAGCUAGGGUUAGCUAGUCCGCUAAACACGCCGUCGUCAUGACCAUUUACAGCGGCAGCAGCACCGCAGACCUCGGGCCAAGUUGAAUGGCGGUAGAUACCCAAGACAUGUCAGAUUACUUCCUAGCAGCCUUCGAUGUUACCCGGUGCCAACGUCUCCUGGCAUCCGCAUUUACCUGCCAUGCUUGUCUGUUUCCCCAAUCCGUCUGUAACGCGUUCAGCAGAGCAGCCACUGCAGAGAGUAAACACAAAGCGGCAGCCAUGGACGAGAGACUUUGAGAUGACCCCAAUAAUAGCAUACUCGUGUGCUUGCUAGUUCGAAUAGUCCUCAACUUUCCUAGCAAGGUAUAUUAUCGGUAUGGGUUUUGACAGUAGCAGCCGUUUCUGUUGAUGUCAUUGUUAAUUACCAAGGGGGGGAAAAGUGCAUCUGAUUUGAGUUGCUCUUACGUUCAAAUUUCUGUUUUAAAUCCGUGCCAAUGACUUGUUGAAUAGAAGCUCAUUUGGCUCAUUGAAGAAAAAAAAAGUCAUGUCUUAAACACGAAUUGUUGAGUAAGGAACAAGGAGAUGUAGUCUUAUCUUGAUAAUCAUUCCCCUCCUGCUCAUUUGUCCCUUUUACAAAAAUGAAAAUGGCAUAGUUUUGGUUUUUGAUUUGUUUACGUUUUCAGUUGGUAGGCAGUGGGUAUUUCAAAAGCGCUAGUGUAGAAUCGUCUGACGCACCACUUCUGAAAAGGGUAGCUAGCUACAUCUCUGUCAAAGGCAUACAAGACAAAGAGUAUAGUCAAAACAUUCUGUGCAAGAGAAGACGCUACCAUCAAAAUCCUAACUAUGGGCGACCCAACCUCACGAAGAAAUCAAACAAGGAAUCGACUUCGAGCUCAGCUGCGAAAGAAAAGGGAAUCUUUGGCUGAUCAGUUUGACUUCAAGAUUUAUAUAGCCUUCGUAUUCAAAGAGAAGAAAAAGAAGUCUGCACUUUUUGAGGUAGCUGAAGUGGUGCCGGUGAUGACCAAUAACUAUGAAGAAAACAUCCUCAGAGGCGUGCGGGAUUCCAGCUACUCCCUUGAGAGUUCCAUAGAACUCCUGCAAAAAGAUGUUGUGCAGUUACAUGCCCCCAGAUACCAGUCAAUGCGCAGGGAUGUGAUAGGUUGCACACAGGAGAUGGACUUCAUCCUUUGGCCACGCAAUGAUAUUGAGAAGAUUGUCUGUCUCCUGUUCUCCAGGUGGAAGGGGGCUGACGAUGAGCCCUUCAGGCCUGUUCAGGCCAAGUUUGAAUUUCAUCAUGGAGACUACGAGAAGCAGUUCUUGCAUGCUGUGGGCCGCAAGGACAAGGCUGGAAUGGUCAUGAACAACCCUGCUCAGUCUGUAUUUCUCUUUAUGGAUAGACAGCACUUGCAGACUCCUAAAACCAAGGCCACAGUUUUCAAGUUGUGUAGCCUCUGCCUGUACUUGCCCCAGGACCAGCUGACCUGCUGGGGUGUGGGAGACAUUGAGGAUCACCUCCGCCCAUACAUGCCUGACUAAGGUCUCCUCCUCCACCCAGCCAGGGAGAGGAAAUAUCCUCUCCUCCCUUCUACCUAAGCCCACUGAAGCAAGUUGAUCUAAUCAUCUCCACCCUGUUCCAUCCAGUAGAAUUGAACUUGCGCUUGGAUUCCUCCUCCUUUGUUACCCCGUUGUUUUUUCUUUUGAUUCCCAGAGGUUGGUUCAGUUGCUAUCUUUUGAUUUUGCUCUCACCGCUGACAUUCCUCAUCCUCCCCUCACUGAUAUUGGAUUUCCCCCCCACACCCCCACCAUACCUGGUUGUUACCCUUUCUCCCCUCAUGCUCCUCCCAGCUCCCUCAUUCAGUUUUGUUUAUUUGAACCUGCACGAACAUUGAUUUUUGAGUGGAUGGUUGUUCUCUUGGAGCCGCUGCGUCAACGACACCCGUCACCCAAGAAACACUUGAUGUUGCAUCGGAACAGGAACGACACACCGAUCUUCACUGUGUCUUCAAAGGGAUGCGUUUGGUAUUCUUGUUAUGAAAAAAGGAUUGUUAAAACUUGUUAGUAAUGUCAAGGAGGGAAGAGGGGGGGGGGUAUUUCUAGAACAACUUAAUUUUUUGACCGAGGACAGGCAUGAGUAGGUGUUAAAACACCUGCGUAAGUAAAGAUUUCAAGAUGAACAAUAUUUGUCGAAAAAUCAUUUGGUGUAGGUACUGCUUCAUUUCUUUAAACAGCCUUUGGUUUUGAUGCUUUUCCCCCCUCCCCCCUCCCCCCAAAAAAGGGUGUCAUUUGCUUUCCUCCCAAUAUUAGGCAGGCCUUUGGUAAAAUUUCAUGAGUAACUUAAAAGCUGGGAUGCAGAUAAGAAGUUGGGAUAUGUUAGAUUUUGAAGGUUAUCACCGUCAAGCUGUUCAUGCACUAUUCAUUCAAGCUACUGAAAUCUCAUGUUGAAUGGUUUUUUUUUUUUGAUUGUUUUUUUGGGGGCUGUGAGUUAAUGGGAAAUUUUAAAUGGGGACUAAUGUUAAAAUUUAAUGUACCUAACAGACAAGAUGAAAAUUAAUCUGAUUUUUGUUAAAUUUGACUGACUAUAAAUAGGAUAAUUUGCUGCAGUGCUUAUAAAAUUUAAAUUGGUUUUUGCAAGCUUGCUUUUCAAGAAUAUGAAGCACAGUAGUACAUAUAGUUAACGCUCCUUGUUGAUUCAGUAUGUUCAGUUGAAAGAGUUUAUGGUGGGUCAUUUUUCUUCUGGGGUUCAUUCUGUAAUUAUUCUGAAAUCAAUACUGCUGAAAAUAUCCCAAUACAGUGCAAAUUUUCAAA